AAAAUAAUGAAAACUGUGGUUAAACUGGCCACACAGACACUCCUGAACUAUAGUGUUACAAAUAUGAGUGGUGUGGACAUUUACUAAUAUGUUCUAGAAGAGUGGCACAGUGGACACUGGCACCGAUGCCUCAUACCUCCAGGGCUGGGGGGGGAGGGGGGUGCAUGAUCUCACCAUAUUAGAUAGGAAUCCCAUAACUACUCUGGUCAUGCAGUUUAGCUGAGUGACACCAUUUAUAUGCCUACAAUGUAUGACUGGGUAUCUCCCCUGCGAUGGCCUGGCCAUCCCAUCCAACGUUAGGGAUGGGGUACAGCCUCAUGCCCUGCGCUGCUCAGUAUAGGCUCCAGGCCCACUGAGAUCCUGACCAGAACAGGAUGAUGGAAGUUGGGUUCUUCCAGAAGAGCUACUUGCUCUUUAUUCAUACUGUGGUAAUGUGCAGUACAAAUGGCAGACUGACCAAAUAGAACAUCUGUACAGGUUUUACAUGUAAAAAUCUGAAGGUCAUUCCUGCCAGCUAGAAAUAUCAAUGACAUCCUCCACAGCCAGGCUAGAUAUUUAUUAUACUAUUUAUUAUACCAUUUACCAGCACAUCAGUUGAGUUUAAGCUGUUCAUACAAAGAUUUGUUGUUUACUUUGGGAAUCCAUGGUGCCCAGCAUCUUAAAUCAUCGCAAAUAUUCUGCAGUGUUAUCACCAGCAUUUUACAAAGUUUGAAUCAUAACAGCAGACAGACAGACUCCUGACCAUUCUGCGAUCAAGACCGAUUUUCAACUCCUGCUGAACUACUACGUUGUCUUCAGAUUAUUUUGGAUUGAAAUCCACAUGAUGGAGGAGUCUCAGGUUACACUGAUUCAAGAGGCAGAUCAGAGGCAGCAGAAGGCCCGGGACGAGCGUCGAGCCCUAAAUGCAGCGGAUCUCCCGGAUCUCCAACCCUUACCCCCAAAGGAUCCCACAGACCCAGCCUUGGAGGCUCUUUGGGAGGCCAGGAGGACAGAGCCGCUGAGGAUCCACGGGCGCAGCGUGGAGGAGUACAGGGCGAUGUACCGGCGGCUCGUGGAACCAAGGCUGCUCUACCCUUCUGGCCGACCUCGCCCCCACUCCCUCGAUCUGGGGCGCAGGAUAAAGCAGCGCCUGUGGGUUGCCGUCUCCUGCCCGAAAUUCACCGAACAGGUGGGAGACAAAAAUAUAAUUGACAUCGCGGAGACCUCUGGCAACCCGGGGCUGAAGGGUUAUGCCCCCCUGAUCGAGGUCGAUGUGUGGGACGAGCCCCCGGCCAAAGAGCCUCCAAAGAAGAGAGCGAGACAUUAGUCCCUGCUCCAUGUAUAUAAUGUAUAUAUGUAAAUAAAUGUAAAUAUGCAUGUAUUAUACAUAGGUUCAGUAAAAGUAAAUAUAUAUGGGUUAAUUAUAAGUAAAUAUAUAUGGGUUAAAUAUAAGUAAAUAUAUAUGUAAUAUAUAGGUUAAAUAAGUAAAUAUAUGUAAUAUAUAUGGGUUAAAUACAAGUAAAUAUAUCUAAUAUAUAGGUUAAAUAUAAGUAAAUAUAUAAUAUAUAGGU